GGGCUAGCGCGCGGGGGCUGCGGCUGCGUGUCCCGGCGCGCGGCUGGGUGGCCCCGCCGGCCACGAGGACACAGCAGCAUGAAGCAGAGAUGAAACUCAAGUCUUUGAACCUUGCCCUUCGUAGAUGAAGUGAGAGUUAUUUCCGAGGACUGGCUCCGACCAGAAACCAGCUGCUGUUCGGGGACUGCAGUUCGGGAAGCGGGAAGCGUGUUCCCACUCACGCAGCCUGAUGUCUGGUUGUCGUGUGUGCCGUAGCCGGUAGCGAUGGGUGACAGCUGGCCCAGGGUCGGGAAAUGUUAUCUCACAGGGGGUCAGUUUCGUGGUGCCGAUCCGGUUGACGCCCUCUCCCACACAGCCAUGACUAAGGUGACAGUGCCAGGUGGAUCAGCAGCCAUUCCACUGCCCGCUCUGCGGUUGUGCCAAGAGUAGGGGAGCAUGGAGGAGAGGAAGCAGGAGACAACGAACCAAGCUCACGUCCUCUUCGACCGGUUCGUCCAGGCCACUACCUGCAAGGGAACCCUCAGGGCCUUCCAGGAGCUCUGUGACCACCUGGAACUAAAGCCUAAGGACUAUCGCUCCUUCUACCACAAGCUCAAGUCCAAGCUCAACUACUGGAAGGCCAAAGCCCUCUGGGCCAAAUUGGACAAGCGGGGCAGUCACAAAGACUACAAAAAGGGAAAAGCCUGCACCAACACAAAGUGUCUCAUCAUUGGAGCUGGCCCCUGUGGUCUCCGAACAGCCAUCGACUUGUCCUUAUUGGGAGCCAAAGUGGUCGUUAUUGAGAAGAGAGACGCCUUCUCCCGAAACAAUGUCUUGCAUCUCUGGCCCUUCACCAUACAUGAUCUUCGAGGUCUGGGUGCCAAGAAAUUCUACGGCAAGUUCUGUGCUGGAGCCAUUGAUCACAUCAGUAUCCGUCAGCUCCAGCUAAUCCUCCUGAAAGUCGCCUUGAUCUUAGGCAUUGAAAUCCAUGUCAAUGUGGAAUUCCAAGGACUCGUUCAGCCUCCUGAGGACCAAGAGAAUGAACGGAUAGGAUGGCGAGCAUUGGUGCACCCCAAAACUCAUCCUGUAUCAGAAUAUGAGUUUGAAGUGAUCAUCGGUGGGGAUGGGCGCAGGAACACCCUGGAAGGAUUUCGUCGGAAAGAAUUCCGUGGCAAGCUAGCCAUUGCCAUUACGGCAAAUUUUAUUAACCGAAACACAACCGCAGAGGCCAAAGUAGAGGAGAUCAGUGGUGUUGCUUUUAUAUUCAACCAAAAAUUUUUCCAGGAGCUGAGAGAAGCCACAGGCAUCGAUUUGGAGAACAUCGUCUACUACAAAGAUGACACACACUACUUCGUUAUGACGGCCAAAAAGCAGAGCCUGCUGGACAAAGGGGUGAUAUUGCAUGACUACACAGACACAGAGCUGUUACUUUCCCGGGAGAAUGUGGACCAGGAGGCCCUGCUGAACUAUGCCCGGGAGGCUGCAGACUUCUCUACCCAGCAGCAGCUGCCUUCUCUGGAUUUUGCCAUCAAUCACUACGGGCAGCCUGAUGUGGCCAUGUUUGACUUUACCUGUAUGUACGCCUCUGAAAAUGCUGCCUUGGUACGGGAACAAAAUGGACACCAGUUACUAGUAGCUCUGGUCGGGGACAGCCUCCUGGAGCCUUUCUGGCCGAUGGGAACAGGAAUAGCCCGGGGCUUUCUGGCUGCUAUGGACUCUGCCUGGAUGGUACGAAGCUGGUCUCUGGGCACCAGCCCCUUGGAAGUCCUGGCAGAGAGGGAAAGCAUUUAUAGGUUGCUGCCUCAGACCACCCCUGAGAACGUGAGCAAAAACUUCAGCCAGUAUAGCAUCGACCCUGUCACUAGGUAUCCCAAUAUUAAUAUCAACUUCCUCCGGCCGAGCCAGGUGCGCCAUUUAUAUGAUAGCGGAGAAACAAAAGAUAUCCAUCUGGAAAUGGAGAACCUGGUGAAUUCCCGAACUACUCCCAAGCUGACUCGCAACGAGUCUGUAGCUCGUUCCAGCAAACUGCUGGGGUGGUGUCAAAGGCAGACAGAUGGCUAUGCAGGGGUAAAUGUGACAGAUCUCACCACGUCUUGGAAAAGUGGACUGGCCCUGUGUGCAAUCAUCCACAGAUACCGCCCCGAUCUGAUAGACUUCAACUCUUUGGAUGAGCAGAAUGUGGAGAAGAAUAACCAGUUGGCCUUCGACGUCGCCGAGAAGGAGCUGGGCAUCUCUCCCAUCAUGACCGGCAAGGAGAUGGCGGCAGUGGCGGAGCCCGACAAGCUCUCCAUGGUGAUGUACCUCACGCAGUUCUACGAGAUGUUCAAGGAUUCACUCUCUUCCAGCGACACCUUGGACCUGAAUGCAGAGGAGAAGGCCGUCCUGAUAGCCAGCACCAAAUCCCCCAUCUCCUUCCUGAGCAAGCUGGGCCAGACCAUCUCUCGGAAGCGCUCGCCCAAGGAUAAAAAGGAAAAGGAUUCGGAUGGGGCUGGGAAGAGGAGGAAAACCAGUCAGUCGGAGGAGGAGGAGCCUCCCCGGAGCUACCGAGGAGAAAGACCCACCCUGGUGAGCACCCUCACGGACAGGCGGAUGGAUGCUGCCAUUGGGAACCAGAACAAAGUAAAGUAUAUGGCAACCCAGCUGCUGGCCAAGUUCGAAGAGAAUGCGCCCGCACAGUCCACUGGCGUGAGGAGACAGGGCUCCAUAAAGAAGGAGUUCCCACAGAACCUGGGGGGCAGCGACACGUGCUAUUUCUGCCAGAAGCGGGUCUACGUGAUGGAGAGGCUGAGCGCCGAGGGCAAGUUCUUCCACCGCAGCUGCUUCAAAUGCGAGUACUGUGCCACCACGCUGCGCCUCUCUGCGUAUGCCUACGACAUCGAGGACGGCAAAUUCUACUGUAAGCCGCACUACUGUUACCGACUGUCCGGCUACGCGCAGAGGAAGAGGCCGGCAGUGGCUCCUCUGUCUGGAAAGGAAGCCAAAGGACCCCUGCAGGAUGGUCCCGCCGCAGAUGCGAACGGACUGGCCAGCGUUGCCGCCAGCUCGGCUGAGAGAACUCCAGGUUCCAGCAUGAAUGGCUUGGAGGAGCCCAGCAUCGCCAAGAGGCUGAGGGGCACCCCUGAGAGGAUCGAGCUGGAGAACUACCGCCGAUCUGUGAGGCAGGUAGAGGAGCUGGAGGAGGUGCCUGAGGAGACGCAGGCCGAGCACAACCUGAGCAGCGUGUUAGACAAGGGCACCGAAGAGGAUGUGGCCAGCAGCAGUUCCGAGUCAGAGAUGGAGGAGGAGGAAGAGGAGGAUGAGGACGACGAUCAGCUCCCCACCUCUGACCUGGGCGGGGUUCCCUGGAAGGAGGCAGUAAGGAUCCAUGCCCUUCUGAAGGGAAGGAGUGAAGAGGAGCUGGAGGCCUCCAAGAACUACGAGCCUGAGGAAGAGGAGGAAGAAGAUGAGGAGGAGGAGGAAGAAUAUGAUGAAGAGGAAGAGGAGGAGUCAAGUGAAGUGACCGGCCUUCCCUCCGUACGCCGCGCAGCAGUCCAGGCCUGGCUGGAGACUGUCUCCGGAGCCCCUCUGGAUGAGAAUGACCUAGAAGAGGACGUGGACUCAGAGCCAGCGGAGACUGAAGGGGAAGCUGCAGAGGAUGGGGACCCUGGGGACACUGGUGCCGAGCUGGAUGAUCAACACUGGUCUGAUGACAUUCCUUCCGACGCCGAGACGGAACUUCGCUUACAGUGCCAGGCCAAGGCGAAAGCCGAGCUGGAGCUGAGGGUGUCAGAGAAUGAGGAAGAGAAGCCGCCUGAUACACCAAAGCAAGAGGAGAAAGGUCCUUCCCGAGUCUCCAGCCCCAGCCAGUCGCCUCAGAAACAAGCCAUUCUGCUCACCCCAACCCACAGCCCUGAGGCAGAGGGGGCCCAGUCCCCACCUACCUCUGUCACCACCAAGGCGAAGUCCCCCGAGGAGCCCCUCUUCCCUGCACCUCUGUUCCUCAGAGAAAAGCCCAAAGCUGAAGCCCCCACAGAUCAGAAGACUGUGCACUCGCCCGUCCGACCACAGCCUGUGGCCCUGCCGGAAGCCAGGACGCCUACCUCACCUACGCGGUUACAGCCAGAGUCUCCGCUGGCCCCUGCCCCACCUCCCUCGACCCAGCUCCCCAUCUGUUCCCAGCCUCAACCUUCCUCAGAUGCUUCCAUCCCGUCACCCUCCGAGUCCCCCAUACGCUUCCAGCCAGUUCCAGCCAAAACAUCCACCCCCUUGACCCCACUCCCUGUGAAGAGCCAAGGAGAACCCAAAGACAGACUCAGUGGCCCUCUGGCUGUGGAGGAGGCCCUGAAGCGGAGUGAUCUGGUGGAGGAGUUCUGGAUGAAGAGCGCCGAGAUCCGCCGCAGCCUGGGCCUCACUCCUGUGGACCGGAACAAGGGGUCGGAGCCCAGCCUCCCCUCACCGGCCUUUAAGCCAAUAUCCCUAAAGUCCUACUCGGUUGACAAGUCCCCUCAGGAAGAGGGCCUCUGCCUUCUGAAACCUCCGUCUGUUCCUAAAAGGUUGGGCCUGCCAAAGUCAGCUGGUGACCAGCCCUCGCUGCUGACCCCAAAGUCACCCUCUGAAAGGGAACUGAGGAGCAACCAGGAGGAGCGAAGGGACCUCUCCAGCAGCUCGGGCCUGGGCCUCCAUGGCAGCUCCUCCAACAUGAAGACCUUGGGCAGCCAGAGCUUCAACACCUCGGACUCUACCAUGCUCACUCCACCUUCUAGCCCACCCCCACCCCCACCUCCCAAUGAGGAGCCUGCAACCCUGCGAAGGAAGCCCCAUCACACUUUUGAGCGCAGGGAGGCCUCGGUUAUCCCUCCUCCUCCUCCUGCCACAUUCAUGCGGCCCCCACGGGAGCCAACCCAGCCCCCCAGGGAGGAGGUCCGGAAGUCCUUCGUGGAGAGUGUGGAUGAGAUCCCCUUUGCUGAUGACGUGGAGGACACUUACGAUGACAAAACCGAGGACUCCAGUCUGCAGGAGAAGUUUUUCACACCCCCCUCCUGCUGGUCCCGGUCAGAGAAGCCCCUGGUUAAGGAGAAUGGGCGGCUCCCUCCCCUGGAUCGUGAUGCACAACCACAGAAAAGGGGACUGCCUCUGGUCUCUGCAGAAGCCAAGGAGCUGGCUGAGGAACGCAUGCGAGCCCGGGAGAAGUCUGUGAAGAGCCAGGCACUUCGAGAUGCCAUGGCCAAGCAGCUGAGCAGGAUGCAGGCCAUGGAGCUGGCAACCUCCAGGUCCCGCAUAACUCCGUCUCAGGGCAAGGAACUAGGUCCUGAGUCCACCAAGCGCUCAGGCUUCCGAGGUUCCCAGGAACCCACUCUGAAGCAUGAGGCUACGAGUGAGGAGAUCCUCUCUCCUCCAUCAGACUCAGGAGGCCCUGAUGGCUCUGUCACCUCCUCUGAGGGUUCCAGUGGGAAGAGCAAAAAGAGGUCGUCCCUCUUCUCCCCCCGCAGGAAUAAGAAAGAGAAGAAAUCCAAAGGGGAAGGCCGACUCGCAGAGAAACCCAGCCUGGGCCUCCCAGAGGAAGUGGCUGCUAAGCCCAAGUCCCUGUGGAAGUCAGUCUUCUCUGGAUACAAGAAGGACAAAAAGAGAAAGAGUGAUGAGAAGUCCUGCUCCAGUACCCCAUCCAGCGGUGCCACGGUGGACUCCGGCCAACACAGGGCGUCUCCGAUUGUGAGAGCAGAGCUGCAGCUCCGGCGCCAGCUGAGUUUCUCAGAGGACUCAGACCUGUCCAGCGAUGACAUCCUUGAGAGGUCUUCCCAGAAGUCCAAGCGAGAGUCGAUUUAUGUACCACACGCCUUGGCAUUCAGGAGAGCCUAUUCAUCAAAGCCCAGAACCUACACAGAAGAGGAGCUGAGCGCCAAGCUGACGCGACGCGUGCAGAGGGCAGCACGGAGACAGGCCAAGCAGGAGGAGCUGAAGCGGCUGCACCGAGCCCAGAUUAUCCAACGGCAGCUGGAGCAAGUGGAGGAGAAGCAGAGGCAGCUGGAGGAGAGGGGCGUCGCGGUGGAGAAGGCCCUGCGAGGCGAAGCAGGCAUGGGCAAAAAGGAUGACCCCAAGCUGAUGCAGGAGUGGUUCAAGCUGGUGCAGGAGAAAAACGCCAUGGUGCGCUACGAGUCGGAGCUGAUGAUCUUUGCCCGGGAGCUGGAGCUGGAAGACCGCCAGAGCCGGCUGCAGCAGGAGCUCCGAGAGCGCAUGGCUGUGGAAGAUCAUCUGAAGACCGAGGAGGAGCUGUCAGAGGAGAAGAAGAUCCUGAACGAGAUGCUGGAGGUGGUGGAACAGAGAGACUCACUGGUGGCCCUGCUGGAAGAGCAGCGACUACGGGAGAAGGAGGAGGACAAGGACCUGGAGGCUGCAAUGCUGUGCAAGGGCUUCAGCCUGGACUGGUCCUGAGCCUGGCUACCAUUGGGUUUGGUUGAUUGGCACCCACCUGACCCAGCUGCGUUAUCCCGACCCACCAGAUCCAGGUUCAGAAGAGACCUGGCGUCCCUGGAAGGUAGCACACAGACACCUGUGCUGUGGGAAAACCCCAGGCGAGGGUUAUCAUCUGAGGUGACUCCACCUCCCAGGAAGGGCCUCGUGGGACUUCCCAUUCAGGAGGGAGGAGACGGGUGUUUGACACGUGCCACAGGGGACACUCCUGCAGGUCCCCGAGGGCUUGCUGCCUGGCACCUCUUCCUUCCUUCUGCUGGUAAGAGAGGGAGGUGACUUCAGAGCCACUGCCAGCCAGAGCACCUGAAGAGCCGAGUGGCUACUGUCCUCAUGCUUCCUGAAGCACCACCAAAGAAAGUGCAGAAGCAUCUGCAGAGAAGCUGUGGAUAGAGGGGAUCCAGCAGGGAGCAGCACCCAUGGGGGUGAUGAGGGUGAUGCCCACCCUCCCAUUGCAGGGGAAGCCAGACAGUAGGCAGGUUCAUUAUGCAAGUUAGGAGGGCGCAGGAGGGCUCUGCCCCCAGCCCCGCCACACACUGGAUUCCCAGUGGCCAAGUGCCCCAGGCCUCUCACAUGGGCAGUGGCCUGAGGUCCAUGGAUUGCUAUGUUUUGCUUUUAGUCCACAAUGAUUUUGACACUGGAAAGUAUUGACUCUGGGAGAGCUGAGGGAGACCCUAUAUGUCGACCUCCCCUCCCCUCAUCGAUAGACAGGCGCCACCCCUGGUCGGCACCCACAGCAGUACAGGAGAUGGCUCUCCUCAGCAUUUUUCUGUGUUUGCACAUCGAAAUGAAACUGACAACCUGACCAGACACUCAAGACACUUCGGACUCUUUUUGUCAAUUAACUUAUUUUUUAAUACUUGAAAGGAAGCAACUUUUUUUUUUAUACUUUUACUAGAGACACUGAUUGCCUGUCACCUGCGUGUAGGAAUUGACUGGGAGGUCUUUGCGCAGCCUGUGCAGCCCUGAGGCAAAACUGACCUGAUCUUGUUACAUGCAUCUAUUUAUUAGCCGUCUUGAUAGUGUUACUGACCUGGUCGGACAGGGAGCAGCUCAAAGCCCUGUGGGUCCUUACUCACAGCUUCUGUGUCCCCUCCUCCACCCAGCACCCUGUCCCUGCUGGCACUGGGCUUCUACAGGAGAGCUGCCUCGCUGCGAGGGCGCAUUUCAGCACUAGGAGGCCGGGCCUGGAGACAGACCGGCUGCCGUGGCCUCUGCUCUUGGAAUCGUGGCUCUGCGGAACCUACUUUGUCCAGUUUUGCUGCCAAGGUUUUACUUUCUGUACAGAUGUCAAAGGUGGAGGGUAGCCCCUCCUCAUGCUGGCUGGGACCAAGUGGAAUGUGACCUUGUCCUCGGGUCUGCUGGUGGCAAUGCCCUGGUCCAGCAGGAGGGGCGUGUGGGCACUGGCCUCCCCUCAACAUGCCGGCCACUCUGACCUUCCCUGCCUGUACUAGGAUUUUCUUGGCCUGGCAAGAGCCAACAAGCACCAUGUAACCAGCUCCAUAAGCCAAACUGCUCAUUUCUUGUGGUUCACCCAGAGACCGGUGAUGGGGGCCAGGGUGCUUCUCUUUCCACGGACCAGUGCAUGGGUGCCACACCAAUCUGGAAAAGGGCAUGCCAGCUGGGCCUGGUGGGAGGAGCUUGGGAAGAAGAUAUGCCAUCCCUGGCCGCCCUUCAAGGCUGCCAAGGGCCCGCACUCACCCUGGACUUCCUGUGGGAACCGCACUGUGCCUCAACUUGAACAUCCAUCUAACUCCAGAGGAGCAAACAACAUUCUCACCCUUCUCCUCGUACUAAAGCUGCCAUCUCUCCUGUGGAAAGACAGGUGCGCUGCUAGCAACCACUGCAGCUCUGACGUCAUCAGUUCCUGGUCUCGGACGUGGCAUUACUGCUAUUUUUAUUCUCUGUCUGACACGAGGAGAGGAGGAUGUUCUGGAUUCCAUUUUUCAACCACAAUCUGCCAAUUAGACUGGACUUUGGACAGGACCUUUAUUGCCUGUGUGGCCUUCUUAACCCUGUCCGUCUCCCCAGUGCCACUGGCAAUCCCAGGAAGCUCAACCCUGUCAUUUCUGCUAACCCACAAGAAAGAACCCAUUUCCUGAGUGACUCAAGAUGGAUGCAGGGGCACGCAGCGCCUCUUGUGGCCUCGUGGGUGUCCCCUCCCACCUCUGUCCUGGUCAGCCACGACCCUGUUGAUCUUUCCAAAGCACACGCUGCUUCCUACAGUCACUAGGAAGGGGGCAGAAAUCCACCAGCCUGGGAGACAUUCCCCAGCUCUCCAGCCGCGGCAGCAUGAGGACUUGGGGUUCUCGUAGAGCACCUUUUUUUGGCUCCCAGUUUAUAACCACUAGUUUGCCAUCGAUUUCAGCGGUCCGGGGAUUCGAGACAGGAAGUGUUCUCCACCUCUGGAAAUGCAUGCAGGUCUAGUCAGAUGUUCUUCCCAGGAAAUCCGUCUUCACCUGAAGGCCUGGAAGAGAGGGUAUAUAUAGCCACACACUUCAUACAUGCAUCAGAUGCGAGAGUGCGUUUGAGUGAGCCCAAACUCAAGGCUACGAUAGUACAUGAGGCACCAGCCUCUACCCCUAAAGGGCAGGCAGAAGACUGCCCCCCUCUCCCCAGUGAGAGCCAGGCCAGAACCCCAGGUUCUAACCCUGCUCAGCUGAUAAAGGGCCUUUCCCUCCAGCGGCCAUCCUAAGAUAAUUUUGACCAGCAACUGUAGACUUUAAAAGAUAAGACAUUUUUCACUGGGACAGGAGAGGAAAGAAUGGGGGCAGGGACAACAAGUAUCGGGCUGGAAAUAUAGCUCAGUGGUAGAAUGUGUGCUUAGCAUGCAUAAGGCCCAUGGUUCAGUCUCCAGAAUCACAUUAAAAAGAAACGACCCACAAGAGGGAACGGUCUGUUUUAUGCGCAAUAAAGUUUUUUUUCUUUUUUUAAGAAAUAAAGACUAUUUCUGAAGCUA